UAAAAUGAUUAAAGUUUGAGACGCUCAAUUGCUUCAGUCCUUCACCUUCGCAAUUCUAAGGAUUCAUCUAACUUGAGACGCUCAAUUGCUUCAAUUCCCAUCAAAUUCGACCUGCAUAUUCCGAUUACAAACUUACAAAGUGCUCAGUUCGAAUUAAACCCGAAAAUCUUCAGCAAAUACAUAUUUUCAAGCAAGGAGCGAAUCCAUAAUUGAGAUGGCAGUGUUGCUAGAGGAGAUGAUGAAGUCACUGGAGCUAUGGACGGGGUUGAUAAAAAAGACGCAGGCAAUUAUUGACCCAGCUCUUGACCCGGUGCUACUCGUUCCAGGAAUCGCCGGUUCAAUUCUCAACGCCGUCAACCAUAAAACUGGUCGCUCGGAACGGAUCUGGGUCCGGAUCUUCGGAGCUGACCAUGAAUUCUGUGACAAGCUUUGGUCUCAUUUCGAUCCCUCCACAGGUCAAGCAUUGAACUUAGACCCCGAUACAAGUAUUGAGGUCCCUCAAGAUAGAUAUGGUUUAUAUGCCAUCGAUUCAUUGGACCCUGAUAUGAUUAUAGGCUGUGACAGUGUGUAUUAUUUCCAUGAUAUGAUUGUGGAAAUGCUCAAGUGGGGCUAUCAAGAGGGAACAUCACUAUUUGGGUUUGGUUAUGAUUUUCGCCAAAGCAACAGGUUUCAUGAAACACUGGAGCGCCUUGCAGUGAAGCUUGAGUCAGUAUAUACUGCAUCAGGUGGCAAAAAGAUAAACAUCAUUAGUCAUUCUAUGGGCGGUCUUCUUGUGAAAUGCUUCAUGACCCUUCACAGUAAUAUUUUUGAGAAGUACGUCAAAAACUGGAUUGCAAUUGCAUCUCCUUUCCAGGGUGCACCAGGGUAUAUUACCUCUACGUUUUUCAAUGGAAUGUCUUUUUUGGAAGGGUGGGAACAAAAGUUUUUCAUAUCUAAGUGGAGCAUGCACCAAUUGUUAAUUGAGUGCCCAUCAAUAUAUGAACUGAUGGGUUCUCCUGAUUUUAACUGGGAACACAUACCACUUCUAGAAGUUUGGAGGGAGAGGUCUAAUAGCGAUGGGGAUUCUUCUGUUAUACUGGAGUCUUAUCCUCCGGUUCAAGCUGUAUCAAUAUUAAAGGAAGCUCUUGAAAAUAAUAAGGUGACGUAUGGUGGUGCUGAUGUUGCCUUACCUUUCAACAUUGAUAUUCUGAACUGGGCCAAUGAAACUCGAAAUGUGUUAAACCGUGCUAAGAUGCCUUCUCAAGUCAAAUUUUUUAAUGUCUAUGGGACUGGCUACGAUACCCCUCAUAGUGUCAGUUAUGGAAGUGAAGAUAAACCUGUCUCAGAUUUAAAGCAGCUACCUUUUGUAACGCCCAAGUACAUAUAUGUUGAUGGUGAUGGAACAGUUCCAACAGAAUCUGCAAAGGCAGAUGGGCUUAAUGCAGAAGCAAGGGUGGGAGUGCCUGGGGACCACCGAGGAAUCCUAUGUGAUCGUCAUGUCUUUAGGAUUGUCAAGCACUGGCUGAAGGCAGAUCACGAUCCUUUCUAUAAUCCCGUUAAUGAUUAUGUCAUUUUGCCAUCUUUGUUUGAUCACAUGGAGAGGCACCUUGAGGAAGGUGGCUUGCAGAUAACUUCCCUCAAAGAUGAAUGGGAAAUCAUACCAGAAAAUGAGGUUGACGGGGAAGAAGAGCGCGUUGUGGCUGACGAGAAGAUUUCUGCCGUGGGGCCCGUUUGUGUUCCCCAUGUUGGAGACGAUAGAACUUCAUGGGUAGAGGCUGCUGCUCAUACCGCUGUGGGUGUUCUUCACUCUACACUCGAGAGCUGCCACGCUGAGCUGAUUAAUGCCAUGUCGGUCUCUACUAAUGCUUGAAGUGAUUGAUGUGUCGGGAUGAUUAUGGGUGUAUAUUGCGAAGAUUGGUUAUGAAAUGCUAACCGUCAUGUCUUAUAUGAUCCACUUGUGCAUAUUUAAAGCAAUGCUGUAAUAACAUGUGUGUAUACACUUUCAAGUAGUUGUUGCAAGAUGGAGCAUGACUGAGUUGUGUCUGUGUAUAUAGUUGUGGCUCCACACUUGGAUUGGCAAAUGUCGAAUCAAUCGUCAAUCAUUUGACGUUGUUCAGAUUUUCUUCAUCUUGCGUCUUUAUUUUCAUGGCUACGGGUUAGGUUUGUUCUAUGUU